AUGAACCCCACACUGGGCCUGGGCCUGCUUCUGGCUGGCCUCCUCACUGUGGAAGGUCUUGUGAAGCCCAACUUUUCUCCAGAGAAUCACGAAGUGGUGAGCCGGGCCCAAGCACAGGAGGGAAGGACGGCAGCCCAGCAGCUCUCCAGGCGGAACAUGGACUUUGGCUUCAAGCUGUACAAGAAGCUGGCCUCCGCUAGCCCCAGCAACAACAUCCUCUUCUCCCCCGUGAGCAUCUCUACAGCCUUUUCCAUGCUGUGUCUGGGUGCCCAGAACUCCACGCUGGCCGAGAUCCAGCAGGGCUUCAACUUCAGGAAUGUGCCGGCGAAAGAGCUUCAUGAGGGUUUCCAUUACCUGAUCCAGAGACUGAACCAGGACAACCAGAACCUGCAUAUGCACCUCAAGAACAUCUUGUUCAUUGACAAGAGGCUGCGGCCAGAUAAGAGGUUUAUAACAAACGCCAAGAACCUGUACAAUGCAGAAAGCAUCCCCACCAACUUCCAGAACAAGGAAAAUGCUCGGAAGAAAAUCAAUGACUAUGUCAGUCAGAAAACCCAGGGGAAAAUCAACAACCUGAUCAGGAAUAUAGAUCCAGGCUCCGUGAUGCUUCUUAUCAACUGUAUUUUGUUUCGAGCCAGGUGGAAGCAUGAGUUUGACCCAAAAUUAACCAAGGAGGAAGAUUUUGCUGUGAAUGAAAACAAGCCAGUGAAGGUGCCCAUGAUGCUCCGCGGGGGCAUGUACGAAGUCGGCCAGGACGACCGGCUGGCCUGCACUGUGCUGGCCAUGCCCUACUAUAACAACAUCACGGCCCUCUUCGUCCUGCCCGAAGAAGGCAGGAUGGGGCAGGUGGAGGAGGCCUUGGGGCUGGACACGCUUGACCGGUGGAAAAACUUGCUGACACGGAGGGUUGUGGACGUGUCCGUACCCAGGUUCUCCAUCCUGGGCACCUACAACCUCAAGAAGAUUCUCUCCUAUGUGGGUGUCACCAAAAUUUUUGAGGAGCGCGGUGAGCUCACCAGGAUCGUUCCGAAUCAAAACCUGAAAGUGGGCGAGGCAGUGCACAAGGCCAAGUUGAAGAUGGAUGAGAAGGGCACAGAGGGCGCCACAGGCUCUGGGAUGGGCACGCUGCCCAUGGAGAGACCACUGGUCUUCAAGCUGAACAGACCCUUUCUGGUAAUGAUUGUGGAGAACAUCCUGUCCACCGUGCUCUUCUUGGGAAAGAUCACUAAUCCCACUGGUACAUAG